AUUUGUCUUUUAAAUGGAUUUUAUUUCUGCUGUUCUAUGAAAAAUACGUUGAAAGUACCUUUUUGCAUUAUUUUUUUAGGUGAGUUUUAAUUAAUUAUUCUUUUUUAUUGUUUUAAAGGAAAUACUAUAAAUCAUAUUUGUUUGUCGGCAACAGUACCGGGUUGAUAUUGCUGCGCGUUACUGCUAAGCCCGCUUAAUAAUAAUCCCAAGAUCGUCCACCUCGGUCAACCACUGCCACGGUACAACGAAACUACAAACUUCUUCUACAACCGAGGAUGAUGACCAGCUGGUUUACCAAUAAUGUUAAUCAAGCAAGAAACAUCGUCCUUGCCAGUAGCGGCGUAUGCGUUGUCGCUCUGAAGUUAUUGCAGUACUGGCGAUCACGAUCGCUGCAGCCGAUACGGAAGCUGAGCACCAAGGACGUAGUCAUUAUUACGGGUUGCGAUUCUGGCCUAGGCUACAAUAUGGCCUGCAUGUGCCUGCAGGCCGGCAUGACGGUGAUGGCGACGUGCGUAAGCAAGGAGUCCGACGGAUACAAAAGCUUGCAAUCGCGCGGAAAGCAAACGGGGCAGCUUGUCUGCUUCAUCAUGGAUCUGAACAGCCAGGAAAGCAUUGCAGACACGCACAGCGCAAUAAGGAAAUGGUUUGCAGCAAAUCAUCCAGCUCGUCUGUAUGCGCUUGUUAACAACGCGGGCGUCAUGUGUUUCGGGGAGGCGGAAUGGCUUUCCAGCAACCUCACCAAGCUGCAGCUCAAUGUAAACGCCAUCGGUACCAUCCAGUUCACGCUACCGCUGCUCGAGCUGGUCCGGGAGAACCGAGCGCGGCUGAUCGUCGUUACCAGCCACUGCGGACGGCAGGCCCUGCCGGGGCUGAGCGUUUACUCUGCGACCAAGGCGGCACUGCGCGCCUGGACCGAUGCGGUGCGCAUGGAGCUGUCCUGCCACGGCGUGCCGGUGGUCGAGUUUAUGCCCGGCUCGUUCUUGUUUCAUUCCAACAUUUGCGCCCAGCAGAUGCAGUACUUCGACGAGAUGUGGUCGGCGAUGGGCGCGAACCAGCGUGCGUUCUACCAGGACUACUUCGAUCGCUACCGGGGCUAUCUGGCGCCGCUCUGCCAACCGCGCGCGCUGGAAAGCUUCAGCGAAAGCGAUCCGCUAACGGGCUGCAUGCGGCGGGUACUGUUCGACGCAUCGCCCCGGUCGCUGUACAUCUGCGAACCGUGGCGGUACUUCUUCUACUACAAUGCUUUCCGCUACCUGCCGAACGUGUUGAAGGAUCGGCUGGUGCGCCGAUUUGUGGCCAUGCCAGUGUACUGACGACCUCCAAAUCCGAAUACCUAGGAACUUACUACCUAUUUUUUGAUUCCUCAAAGGGGUUUAGCUUAGUUUUGCAGACUAGUAUUUGCCUGCGUUCGUGUAAUGACGGAGAAUAAAGCCUCGCAGGAGAUGUUAUACCUA